GUGUGCCUUCAACAAGUUGAUGUGUUGGUCCCGUCUGGAUGGUGAAAAGAAAGCCCCAGCCCACUGCAGCUACGCCUUCUUCUCUACUUCCCUCUGCUAGUUUCUUGCGCGGGCUGCUGGUUCUGCUGUCGGUGUCCGUCUGCUGCUCAUCAUCAUCGUCAUCAUCUUGUGACUUGCGGAUCGACGGCGGCGGUGGCAGUGCUGGGGUCGCUGGAGGUGCGCUCUGUUCCCAAGGGCACUGCCUCCCGCAAGCGCACGCCUGGCGGACCAUGAGUGGGCGCGACAAAAAAGAAGUGCAAGUCGUCCCCACGGCCACGGCCAGCUCCAAUGCCGACACCGCCCAAGACGAGGUGCCACGUCGGGCACCACGUGAUGUACUUGGCGAGACGACCGCUGUUCGCGAUUCUAUCAAGCCAUCUCGAGGCGCCACCCUCCCCGUCGAGGGGAACAGAGCAGCGAAACGCCUCCGGCAUGCGCCCCUUGCGGACGCCGCGUUGCCGACCGAGGCAGCAGAGACCAACGCUGGGCGGGCGCGGUCGCCGAGUGGUAAGGAGGCGGCGGAGGGAGAGGGCGUCGCGGCGGGAGGCGUCGCCGCCGCCGCCGCCGCCGCCGCCGCCGGUAACCGGACGCAGAAGAGGAUUGAUUACCUGGUGUGGGAUGACUACUUCAUGUCGGUCGCGUUUCUCAGCGCGAUGCGGUCGAAGGAUCCGUCUACCCAGGUCGGGGCUUGGUUGCGUUGCGUGACCAGCAUCGUAAACCAAGACAAGCGCAUCGUGGGCAUCGGUUACAACGGGUUCCCGAUGGGAUGCAGCGACGACGAUCUGCCGUGGGCGCGCCGGGCAGACGACGAGCUGGACACGAAGUACCCGGUGAGGCCGGUCGGCAUGUUCCUCCUAGUCCGUUGUCUGAACACGCCGGCUCUGUUCUGA